GGAAAAAACGUUAACUGAUUUUACAUGGGAUCUCGGACAAGUAGGAUUUGAAAACCUUUACAAGACUUGCUCCACCUUUAUAUGUGCAAUACCUUUGCGUGUUCGCUAUUUACGCUUUUCCCUUCACCCGAGACUCGUCUGACCUCUGACUCUUUGGUUUUGUAACCUCUAUUGUGCUGGCCAGCGAAUUUCGACCAUGAUGCUUCCCCACGUCCUCAACCUGGAACACCAUCUCACAGAACAAGGCUCUCCAUUGAUAGCACCGUCUCCCCAUCGUAUUCCCUCACCCUUUCUUCCCGAAACAUCCUUAACCUCCUAUAGUGGCUCAUCGCCCGCCACCUCAACAACGUCCUCACCAACGCAACCAGCCCGUUCCAGCAAGCUUGUGCCACUUGCUGUCAGAUGUGAAGUACGCACACGCAUCCCGUCCGAGUACGGUGGCAUAUGUCAUUUGCAUCUUUACAGCAACUCGCGGGAUGCGGAAGAACACUUGGCAAUUGUUUAUGGCGAUGAUCUCAAGAGUUCUUCUUUGGAGGAAGUCCGUCCGGGAGACACAGAAAGAGAGCGGAUGCUGAGAGGUGCCCGACGAGCAGCUGAUCACAAUGGAAGCAUGACAAACGGUGCAUCCUAUGAGGAAAAGCCAGUGGACAGAGAUGGGGCUCCGAACGGGACCAGAAAGAACGGCAAUGGAAUUCACGUUGAAAUCGAUCCCCCGCUUAUCCGCAUUCACUCAUGUUGCUUUACCGGAGAAACCCUUCGAUCUCUCCGUUGUGAUUGUGCGGAGCAAUUGGAAGAGGCCAUGCGGUUAAUGGCACGAGAAGGACGGGGGGUAGUGUUAUACUUGAAACAAGAGGGACGGGGGAUAGGGUUGAGGGACAAGUUGAGAGCAUACAACCUCAUUGAUCUCGGACAUGACACAAUGGCGGCAAACCUCCUUCUAGGGCAUCCACCAGAUGCACGAUCUUACGAAAUUGCGUCUGCAAUUUUACGGGAUUUGGGUAUCGAUCGAGUUCGUCUACUCACGAAUAACCCCGAAAAGUUGAGUCAUCUGCAGAAUGAUGGAGUUGAGGUUGCAGAGCGGGUACCGAUGAUACCAGCCAGUUGGCGUCGACUGGGAGCAGAUGUGGGCGUGGCAGUGGAGAAAGUCAAAAAUGGGGAAAAAAUGAUGGUGGAUGAAACAGCUGUAGUGUCUGCAAAGGUUCGAGAAUCUGGCGGGUUGACUCUGCAAGAUCGAGAUGGUUACCUUGUGACCAAGGUGCAGCGCAUGGGCCAUAUUCUGGACAUUCCAUCACAACUGCUCGACGCAUUUAAGGCAACAUCUGUCACUGAGGACACACAGUUGAAUGGACAGUAUCGCCAUAGCUCAUAGACACCGCCUGAAGCCCCUCCGUUGGCAUGUACACUACUAGAUUAUUACUUCACAAUGAUUUUGCAUGGCUUGUUGGACCUUAAAUGUUUGUGAUUGGAUCCG